AUGCAUGGACAAACCAAAUUUAUGACUAAGGAAGCCUGGUGUGCUCUGCACUUCUUGGGCUCUUGUAAUCCUAAACAUGCCCAGUACGAAGCUGUUCCACGAUCAGAAAUAACGAGCUUGGUCAACCUGGGAUGCGUGGUCAUCAGGAAAUCUAAAGAAGUGACAUGUUUUUGUGAUUUCGAUCAUUGCAACAGGAACUUCAGCGCGCUCCUUAAACAGUACUCAUCGCAAAGUGAUGCAAUCAAACCAGUGCAGAAAUGUUUGCAGAAGCAUCAAGCGCAACUUGGA